AUCUCUACUUCUGUUUAUUAUGUUUAUAGUGAUUUAAAUCUUUAUCUUUGCCACAUCAGUUUCACUUAUUCUAUCAUAUUUCUGACUCUUUCCUCAAAAUCUUGUCUUUUAAUCUCUUCAGCGUCACCUAAUAAUUCAUUGUUUUGACUUAUUGGCUUAAACAAUGACCUCACGUGCUUUGUUUAAUUGCAAAUAUUGUAAUUUAAGCAUCAUGUGGUAUGUGUUAUGAUUUGAUGCUAUAUAAAUAAAAUAAUGGAACUGAAAUCUCACGAUUCUCCCUUUUAUGGAAAAAUGUUCCCUAAUCUGUCUCAUGAGUGGUUCAAUAAUCUUAAAUUAACGUUGGUCAAACGUCGUGUUUUUCACACUCAGGUUUUAUCUUGACUGACUUUAAUGUAACAUCUUCUUAGUCGUGUUUUCCUGCUCGACGCGUCUUCUCUGGGGGAAACGGGCUUCCAUAAAUGCCCUCGGUGUUGGAAAGCUGUGGUCGGGCAGGCGUUUGCUUUUCUGGGCCCGGACUUGCUGGGAGAGGCUGCCUCGCUCUGAAUUAUUAAUGACCUACUGUAGAGAACAGCUCAGCCUCCCCCCUCAUUACCUCACCCGCCUCUCGUGUCCUCUCCCUCUGAAACCUUCUGCCUCUUAUCUCUCCGUGCUGCUGUUCGCUCUUUCAACAGCCUCCUUUUUAUUUUUCCAUCUUUUCUUCUUCUCUCCUCUUCAUUUACCCGCCUUCCUCUCUGCCUUUCCUCGCUCUCCCUCCGGAGGCUUGUGAGAUUGUGUUAUGUCACAUUAAAGAGACAGGCGGCUGCUAAAUGAAAAAUACGACGUAAUAAGACUCAUCCGAGGAAAACUGUGGAUUCAGCAUCGAUUUUGGAUCGGUGUGAAUUCGAUUUUCUGGGAUUCGGAGGAACUGGCUCCCCAGUUUCUCUCCGACAGGUUCAAUGUCUUCUUUUCACUCACCCUGAAUCUUUUUUGUCCGCCUACUCGUUACACCUUUUUUCUGUGUUUUGAACUAUUGUUCCAAUAAAUUGUGGUGUUUUGAGGCCACAGGAACAUGAAACUUGAUGUAAAAACUGAACCAGCUAUUGGCAGCUGCAUGUUGCUGCAAACCUGCUGAUGUGCAGGAGUUAUUGUUGAAUUACUUGAACACUGAGGGAAACUUUAAUGUGCGAUUGUUCUCUGGGGCUGUAAGCACAGCCUGUUUUGUAAUAUUUGAAGGGUUAUAUUGUUAUGAUCAAAGGUUUCCUCAGCAGGUCAGAGGGAGACCUGUGAGACGCUGCAAGGAGCGUGGAUUUGAAUCCAAAUGGCAGCUGUCAGCUUAUUGGUGGGAAGGUGGGGAGGGGCGGUGCUGCGGGCGGUGCUGCGCUGACACCAUGAAACUCAAAGAAAUGUCACAUUCAGCUGUCUGCAAUUAUUUUAUAAACGUGUGUGUCCAAGGCAACCAACAUGACAAAAUAACUAGCACACCUUAGUCUUUAAGUUACACGACCUGGUUACAUUUGGCCUGCGGUUCAGCACCAUGGACACUACCACAGCUUUCUAUUGUGCAUAUGGACUCUAGAGAAGUCUAUGAUACGUGGCUGAAGAACUACGGCUACCUGCUGCCUCACGACGUUCGGACAUCAGACCUGCGGCAGGAGAAGGCCAUGCAGUCUGCCGUGGCCGCCAUGCAGCGCUUCUACGGCAUCCCUGUGACGGGAGUGUUGGAUGAGACGACUAUCGAGUGGAUGAGGAGACCUCGCUGUGGCGUCCCAGAUCAUCCUCACACCAGCCGGCGGCAGAGGAACAAACGCUACGCGCUGACGGGACAGAAGUGGAGAGAUAAAAGGAUCUCGUACAGCAUAUCCAACUUCACCCCCAAAGUUGGAGAGAAGGACACCCAGAGAGCGAUUCGACAAGCCUUCAAUGUGUGGCAGGCCGUCACGCCGCUCUCCUUCCAGGAGGUGCCGUACUCGGAGAUCAAGAACGAGGGCAAAGAGGCUGACAUCAUGAUCUUCUUCGCCUCUGGUUUCCACGGUGACAGCUCCCCGUUCGACGGAGAGGGGGGCUUCCUGGCCCACGCUUACUUCCCCGGCGCCGGCAUCGGAGGAGACACGCACUUUGACUCCGAUGAGCCCUGGACGCUUGGCAGCGCCAACCACGACGGUAACGAUUUGUUCCUGGUGGCGGUGCACGAGUUGGGGCACGCGUUGGGUUUGGAGCACUCCAACGAUCCCAGUGCCAUCAUGGCUCCUUUCUACCAGUACAUGGACACGCACAACUUCAAGCUGCCGCUGGACGACCUGCAGGGCAUUCAGAAGAUCUACGGCAUCCCCACAGCCAUGCUGGAACCCACCCGGCCCUUACCCACCUUACCCUCUCGACGGACGCAUUCGACCUCCGAGCGCAAGCACGACCGGCAUUCCCGUCCGCCGCACCCGCCCGGUAACCGGCCCGCACUGCCUGGAAACGGCAAACCCAACAUCUGCGAUGGCAACUUCAACACUGUGGCCUUCUUCAGACGGGAGAUGUUCGUGUUCAAGGACCGGUGGUUUUGGCGUCUCAGGAACAACAAGGUGCAGGAGGGCUACCCCAUGCAGAUCGAUCAGUUCUGGAAAGGCCUGCCACCUCGCAUCGACGCCGCCUACGAGAGGACUGACGGCAAAUUUGUCUUCUUCAAAGGUGAUAAAUACUGGGUGUUCAGGGAGGUGACGGCUGAGCCAGGGUACCCUCACAGCCUGGUGGAGCUGGGCAGCUCCCUCCCCAAGAGUGGCAUCGACACGGCGCUGCGGUGGGAGCCCGUCGGGAAAACGUACUUCUUCAAAGGGGACCAGUACUGGCGUUACAACGAGGAGAAGCACACCACCGACGCAGGAUACCCCAAACCCAUCACUGUGUGGAAGGGAAUACCGGACGCUCCGCAGGGGGCCUUCAUCAGCAGGGAGGGAUACUACACCUACUUCUACAAGGGGAAGGAGUACUGGAAAUUCGAUAACCAGAAGCUGACUGUGGAGCCUGGAUAUCCAAAGUCCAUCCUGCGUGACUGGAUGGGCUGCGACCAGUCCGACAUGGAGCGCUCCGGCAACAACGGUAACCCUGGGGAACGCCAGCUGCCCCCGGAUGAUGUCGGCAUCAUUGUGACCAUCAACGACGUCCCCCCGACAGUCAAUGCCAUCGCCGUGGUGAUCCCUUGCAUUCUGUCGCUGUGCAUCCUGGUGCUCGUGUACACGAUCUUUCAGUUUAAAAACAAAGGAGUGCAGCAAAACACCAUGACACAGCACUACUAUAAAUACCCUGUUCAGGAGUGGGUAUGACAGCCAACUUGAUUCAGAAUAGGUCAAAGGUCGUGGAUUGAAGGACGGUCGAGCUGUAGUCAUGCGUUAGCUAGCUAAUGUAGGCUAAUGGCCAAAAAUGCUAGCAAAGGACAAAAAGCUAACGAUUGCUUAAAGAUGUAGGCUCACUCAAAAUGUGUUUUUGGGAGUGGAUUCAGAUUUCUGGCUCAGAGUGGGAGAGAUUUGUUUCUUAUAGCACAUCCAGAACGAUCUAAAAGACUUCAAAAUGCAUCUUUCUGGUUGUGCUUUCACUUAAAAUGGGAUCGUAUGAGGGGGAAACAAACUUUGAAACCUUCUUCUGGGACGUACGACACACCGCUCUCCCGCUCAGUGAAAAUUUAAAAAGAGUGGAGAAAGAAAGAUGCUCCUCUAAGCCAGAUAUCACCUCCAAGCUUGUUUUAACAACUUGUAUAUGUGAACUGCUACAAGUCAGAUGAAAUUUAAAGAAAAAAAGAGAAACAGUUUCAAUUAUCAAACUUGAAAAUAGAAUAUAGGUAGAAAGGCCAUAACAAAAAACCAAGGAUCUCUCCGUGGAUCACUGAUGUUUGUUUGAUUUGCGUUCAGCUGUUCUGAGAUGUUAAACUGUCAAAGAGGAUCUUUUUCUCUCUUUUUUCAUCAUUCACAAAAAACAUCACUAUUGUCUUGGUCCAUCUAAAAUCAAAAAGCAAAUGCACUGGUUUACACUGCCUGUUUACACUGGUUGGUUUCUGCAGGCGUAGAAUAGCAAGUCAUCGGCGUAUAGACGUGGAAAAGCUCUACAGCUUAGCAAAAUGCUAACACUAAACUUCUUAAACAUCCUCUCAGAUUUAAGGAGCUCUAUAAAUCCAUGAAACGCCUCAUGAGACAUUUUUUAAUGAUUGUAGAAAAUAUCAUUCAUGAAGCACCAUGAACCAGGAAAAAGGAUUCAUGCCCUCGCUGUGCUUUUUACUUGAAUCUUGUUUCCUUUCAUGGCAUGUAGCAGUGGUGCUAACCACAACAGAAAGUUCAGAGUUCCUUUAAAACCAUUUCUUUGACUUAACUUUUUUACCAGCAGGAGAUUUUCUUUCUGUCCCUUUUUAUAUGUUAUAAAAUAUAUCGGACUGUUGUUACUGGACACGCAGAGAAAAGCUACUCGUGUUUAUGCAGCUACAAACAUAUCACUGGGUAAAUUGUAAGGGUUUAUUUUUGAGGAAUGAACUUUAAAGUAACCUCGUGUCUGAUUGGCUCUUCCUCCUCUGAACAUACAUGUGAUUAAUAAUGAUUUCAGAGCUUCUCUUAAAUGUUACAUAAUAGUCAGUAUUUAUUCUCACCUUUGACUUUGUGUUUUACUACAGCACGCACAUCAAACUUAUUUUAGUUGUGACCCAAUCAGAGUGAAAAUAAGACGGCUCUUUGUGAAU